AUGGGAAGCUGUGUGUCGCAACAAGCUGAUAACUCCUAUGUUGUCUCAAAUAGGAAUAUAAAUAAAUUAAUUAAGGAAGACGAGAAAAAAUUAAAAACCGAAGUCAAGUUACUUUUAUUGGGUGCUGGAGAAUCCGGUAAGAGUACAAUCUUGAAACAGAUGCGAUUGAUUCAUGCUGCGGGAUUCACAAACACGGAGAGAGAGACAUACCGGUCAAUCGUAUUCACAAAUAUCACGGAAUCAAUGAGCUUAAUACUUGAGUCGAUGGAAUAUUUUAAGAUACCCUUUAGCGAUAGCGAAAAUUCGCAAUAUUUAUCGUUAUUUCAUAACCCAUCACCGAGUAUCGUUAAAGGUCGUCCAUUUCCGAUUCAAUACUUGAAUCCAUUGGCAACAUUAUGGGCGGAUUCUGGUGUGCAAAGCUGUUAUGAGAAAGGUCAUCAAUACGCAUUACAAGAUAACAUGAGUUAUUUUUUUGAAUCAUUAGAAAGAUUGUUUUCAAAAACAUAUAUCCCUACAGACCAAGAUAUUCUACGUUGUAGAAUGAAAACAACGGGAAUUGUUGAAACUGUGUUCCAAUUAAGUCCACUAACAUACAGAAUGUUUGACGUAGGCGGCCAACGGUCCGAACGAAAGAAAUGGAUUCAUUGCUUUGAAAAUGUUACGGCUGUAUUAUUCAUCGUAGCCAUAAGUGGUUAUGAUCAAUGUUUGGUGGAAGAUAAGGAUGCGAAUCAAAUGCAGGAAGCCUUAAUGUUAUUUGAUUCGAUUUGUAAUUCGCAAUGGUUUGUGAAUACAUCAAUGAUUUUAUUUCUAAAUAAAAUUGAUAUAUUUCGGGAGAAAAUCAAGAAUUCUUCCGUUAAAAAAUACUUUCCCGAUUAUACAGGUCCGGAUGAAGAUUUUAAACAAGUGACUCAUUAUUUUAAACGAAAGUUUCAACGUUUGAAUCGUAGUGUUAUAAAAGAAAUUUAUCCUCAUUUCACAAAUGCGACAGACACAAAUUUGUUACGCCACAUAAUGCGCAGUGUCACAGACAUGAUCGAAAAUUUAUCCUUAUUACGUUUGGAUCAGGUUAUCGCAAUUAUUGUGGGUGUUUCAUCGAUAAUUAUCAUCAAAUUUUUGUUAUUCAGAAAUGAAGUCGUGAAAUUCGUUGUCGAAGUCCCUAUCGAGGCCAAACCGGGUUGGAAUGGGGGCAAAAUUUUGGAUAAACCCUGUUUAAAAGAUGCAUCGAAUCCCGGUUACAUCACGUGCUAUGACCCAGCAACAGGACAAUUGUUGGAUACGAUUCGAGCACACACCAAAGAUGAUGUUAAAGAGGCAUUAAAGAAGGCUCGUGAUGCACAACAAAAUUGGGUCAAGACCACAUUUUCUGAAAGGAAAAGGGUACUUUAUAGUCUAUUGAAUUUCAUUAUCAAAAAUCAAGAGGAAAUUUGUUGGGUCUCAAGUAGAGAUACCGGGAAAACGCUCGUUGACGGGAAAUUUGGAGAAAUCUUGGUAACAUGUGAAAAGAUACGAUGGAUCAUCAAACAUGGAGAAAAGGCAUUAGCCACCGAAUAUCGGGGAACGAGUCCCGUUUUACCACAUAAAUUAGCCAAAAUUGAAUAUCAACCUCUUGGCGUUGUGACGGCUUUGGUAUCUUGGAAUUAUCCGUUUCAUAACGUGUUUGGUCCCAUCAUUUCAUCGUUGUUCGUUGGAAAUGGAAUCUUGAUCAAAUCUUCGGAGCAAGUGGCUUGGUCAAUGCAAUUUUAUAGUAAAAUCAUUAAGACUUGUUUGAUGGAAUGUGGUCACGAUCCUGACAUUGUACAAUUCUUGUGUGGUUUUCCGGAAUUCGGUGAAGCCGUCGUGAGAAGUGGAGUUGAUGGAAUAACUUUUGUCGGUUCAUGCGAAGUUGGCAAACAAGUAAUGAAGGCGGCAUCGGAUAAUUUGACACCUUGUAUUUUAGAAUUGGGUGGCAAGGAUUGCGCUAUUAUAAGGCAUGAUGCAAACCUAUCUCAAGCACUUCCAAUCACCAUGCGUGGUACCUUCCAAAACGCUGGUCAAAACUGUGUAGGAUUGGAACGUAUCCUAAUUCAUGAAUCAUUAUACGAUGGAUUUGUGGUUAUGGUUACGGAACAAAUUAAAAAGUUAAAAGUUGGAAGUAUUUUGAAUGAUGAUGAUAUUGUAGAUAUUGGUGCAAUGACUAUGAGUGGUCAGGGAGAACGACUUCAAAAUUUAAUUCAAGCUUCGGUGUCGGAAGGAGCAAAAUUGGUUUUAGGUGGUCGUCCAUUUACUCAUCCAAAAUAUCCAACUGCACAAUACUUUGAACCAACUCUUUUAAUUGAUGUAACGCCAAAUAUGACAAUUUUAAAGCAAGAAUUAUUUGCACCCAUAAUGAUUGUCAUGAAAUUUUCAACAGAUGAAGAGGCAAUUGAAAUAUGUAACAGUUCACCUUUUGGGUUGGGUAAUUCUGUUUUCUCUGGCGAUCAAAAUAAAGGUGAAUGGAUGGCUAGAAGAUUAAGAUGUGGCAUGGUUAAUGUAAAUGAUUUCGGUGCCACUUAUCUUUGUAAUUUACCGUUUGGUGGAGUUGGCAUCUCCGGGUUUGGGAGGUGA